AUGGUUUGCAUGGCGGGGCAUUUUAAAAUGUCUUCUGUGCUGAAGCUUGUAAUGAUGGAAAAUCACACAGCACCAGAUGACGUGAUCCGUGAGAUGACAGCUGCACAGGUCCUACAAAAGCAACUGUUUGAUGCACACGAACCAAAUUUGCUAGAUGAAAAUGAUAUGCAUAUAUUUGGAUCAAAACCGAUGGCCGACCCAUUGGACUUGGUCUGCUGUAGUACUUGCAAGAAGCCAGUCAAAGCCAGCCAAUAUGCAGUUCAUACAGAGCAAUGUAGCUCAGGGAAGGUAAACACAAAUGAUUCAGUGGGUGUAGAUCAUGCCAGUCCUACAAAGCCCCUGAAGAAGGGCAGAAAAAUAAAGUUGAUAAGUAAUGGAAAUCAAAAAGUGCACAUAAAAGUGAAAGCAAAAUCUCAACCUGAAAGCAAGAACGUUGCCAAUAGUUUCGAAUUGGACAAUGGGCAUGCCACUUCCACAGGUGCGCCAGUUCCUCUUGCAACAAAAAUGUAUCAUUCACAGGGCAACUACCGUCUUCGAAUGGAGCUUGGCCAGCUUUACCGCGAAUCAUGUGUGCAGCAUUUGAGUGGCCACACAACUCCAAAUGUGUCACAUGAGAAUGGAUUGAUGGCGUCACGGUUUACCCCAUGCGGCAACUCAGCAUUACCUGCUUCUCAGAAGAGCCUUGUUCCUCAAACAAAGCCUCUUGCAAGCGCAUCUGAACUGUGCUCAGGAUUCCCUCGGCAAUUAGCAGCAAGCAGGCCUAACCAGUCACAAGGAAUCAAAACUGAGAGAGCAAGUACACAAGCAUCUGCAAUUAAAACUGAAGGUUCACGAUCCAGAGGCAAUAAAACUACUGUUCCCCAUUCGAGAAACAAAGGCAGCAAGAAGACGCAGCAGCAACCUAAUGGACAUGUUCAUGUCAUCAAGUCCUCCGUAAUUUAUUGGUCAAGUGGAAGUGUCUCCACUGGUGAACAGUCUCUUCUUUUCUCCUUUCCUAAUGAAAUUGGUUAUUGUCAGGAUGGUUCUGAUUUGGACCGUCCCGAUUCGAGGUUGUUUUGGUUCGUCGGCUAUUGGUACAAGAAGCUAACAGCACUAGUUGUAGCACUGAUGAUGAAGUUACCUGUAAAUACGACCGCAAAGGCCUUCGCUUAUUCCUGCCCCUCUUGCUGCGGAAGGUUGUGA